AUGGCCGUCUGCCACACUCAGUUCAACAGCGCCGGGGUGAUGAAAGAGUCGGCCAAAUACGUAGCGGUCAUCCGGGAACCCGCGUCGCGCUUCGAGUCCGAGUGGUAUUACUCAAACUACCAAAAGGUGUUUCGCACAAACCUCACGAACUUCAUCCGGGCGCCGAGGUACUCGAGGAGGCAGAGGACCUUCCUGAACAAGAUCGCCGGCUAUUUCGGCGUCAAGGAUCCCAGGGACAGGAUAACCGAGAGCGAAAUGUACGUCAGAGCAAAGGCCCUGCACCGGAGCUUCGACUUGGUGAUGAUAACGGAGAGGUUCGACGAGUCCUUGGUCCUCCUGAAGCAUCUCCUGUGCUGGGGGACCGAGGACGUCGCCUACGUGAGGGCCAAGGUGCGCCGCCCCGAGCACAGGGCUCAGCUCACGGAGGCGGAGAAGGACAAGCUCCGACAGUUGAACAGGCAGGACGUCUUCCUGUACAAGUUCUUCAGGAGGAUCUUCGAGGAGAAGGUCAAGGCCUUCGGCGAGGAGAGGAUGAGGAGGGAGGUCGAGGAGAUCGGCCGGGCGAACGCGCGGUUCAUCGAGGACUGCGGGGCCGAGCUCGUGGGGUCGUUCAGGACGGUGAAAACCUGGAAGGUCAAGAACGACUCGAGCAUCUGUAGAAUGAUAACGCUGAACGGGGUUGAUAUCGAGAAACAGCUGAGAAAUAGACAAAGAAAAUGGGUCUCGAGUAACUUGACUUACGACCUGUCAACGUGGACAUUCACUUAGGUGAGGGAGUGAAGAGAAAUUUCUUCGAAGGAAAAGAAAAGGAAAGAAAUAGACGCUGAACUUGUACGCAUCAUAUCG